AUGAUACCGCCACACACUCCCCGGGAUUCUCGAGAGCCUUCAAGGAUACUCGGCUCACUGUCGAAUAGCGAGCCUGCUGUAGCGGGGUGUCCGCCGGGCCUACUAUGGUUGUUUUCCCAGCAGCUGCCACCCAGAAUCAAACUUCAUGCGUUGUUAGAUGCUUACUUCAACAACGUCCACCCCAUCCGCGUAUUUGCGUUCGAGCACAAGCCAUCGUUCAUUCGAAUGCUAGACGAAGGACAGCUCGUGGAUGCCUCCGAUCAAGCCCUCUUGCACAUAAUGUGUGCAUUGGGUGCUCGAUUUUACGCUCUCGACUACAGUGAGUCGUUCUCGCCCUUGACGAAAGAUCUGAUCCAGUCAGCCGGAAGCCAGUGGGCUAAAGUCGCGGAAGAGAUGUUCUUCGCUGAUUACAGCACCAUCUCAAUUACCAAACUCAAGGUCUUGGUCUUGCUUCACGACCAGGAAGCUCGCAAUGGCAACUAUGCUGGGUCUUUUCUUCUUACCGGCCUUGUCAUACGUAUGGCGCAUGCUUUACAGCUCAACAAUGAAGUGUCACCAGAUGUGCUUUGUAAGGAAUUAGGAGGAAGUCCAAACGAGGUUUCUGUGCGAGAGUCGCGUAGAAGACUCAUGUGGGCGUGCUAUAUGAUUGAUGUCUGGGCUGGUAGUGGCGUCGACCACCUCACUAUACUCAAUGAAAGAGACCUCAAGAUUCAGCUUCCGUGCAACGAGCGUCAGUUCUCACUACAGAUCCCGUGUAUUACGGAGCGGCUCGAGAGGGGCACACUACUGGAACUCAUGUCUCCAGAGGACAUUCCAGAGAAGCCGGCGGAUAACUUGGGCAUGGCUGCGUACUAUGUGCGCAUUGUCAGUAUCUGGCGACGUGUUCUUCGCUUUGUGAAACACAUGGACGAAGAACAACCGCCGUGGCUUCCAGAGUCAGGAUUCGCCGUCCUCAUUGAGGACAUACAGUCGUGGAAACAAAGCCUGCCAUCCUGGCUAGACUUCUCCGCGGACAACAUCUACAUUCGGCGCGAGACACAUCAGCUAGGUGCCCUCCUCCUCAUCCACUGCAUGUACCAUCACGUUAUGUGCGACGUCCACAGGAUCGCUCUCCCUGACCUGUUCAAAAACCAAGAGCCGUUCGUCUUCCCUACUGAUCGACAGGCGUUCGUAAGUCAUCUGCAAGAUGUCUGCUUUGAGCAUGCGCAGCGUAUGUCGGUCCUAGUCUCACACAUACUCCAACACGGGGUCAAACACUUUGCGGACUCCAUACUGCCGUCAUUCGUUUACAACAGUAGUCGCAUCAUGCUCUACUAUAUCGCUCGGAUUCUGGACGUAUCAAAGCCCGACGCAGGAACUGUAAUUGGUCGUACAGUCGAGUUAGUGCAGUACAACAACCAGGCGUUACGGGAGAUGGCGUUCAUGUACCCGCUUGCUGAAUCGUUAUGUAUCACCUCCGAGCGCUGGCUGGAGACUGUACGCGACAGUCUGGCUCGUGGUCACUCUGCUGACUACAUUGCGCCUCAGGAUCCAUCAGAGAAUGAAGCGCGGCGCAUUGUCGGCGCGCCUGCACCGAUGGCUGGCACUCCUAGACAGCGAAAUGCGGCCAUCUCAGUUAUUCCUCCUGUCGAGGAGAUACUGUCAGCAACUUCACCCUCGACUCUUCGCACGGCUACUACUCGCUAUCCUUUCUCAGCGCCUACCACUGGUCACGGUUCUUCUACUGUAACAUCAGGCCAGGCCAUGACGACACCAUCUGAGAAUGCAGUAGGGACCAUGUACUCCUCCCCCAGCGCGCCAACUGCUUUCGAGCAGCCCAUGUUCAACCUGGACGACCUCCAGAAUUUCUUCGGAUGGGAAGCAAGUGAUGAUGAGAACGCGCAGUCCACUGGCUUCGAGGGCUUUGGUCCGCUAGGCUGGGCAAAUAAUUUCUCCAUCAUGUAA